UCUUAUUCCACUGCGAACGGUCGACUGGCGCGGUUCUGAGUGAACAGAAUCCCUUUUGUGCGGCGAAUAAAAGGCUGGGAAACAAAGGAUAUAUAUUUUUGAUUCAAUUAACCGAUGUAAUUUCGCGACGGCACCAAAGCAUAGUAGGUAGCUGUCGGUAAACCGGUUCCAAGCCCACUUUAUUAUAUAGCUUGCCAAAAAAAGUGUAGAUGCUACUAUCUCGCGCAAAAUCUGAAAGCUCGGAUCAUACGAUAUUUUCUAUGUGCGGGUCGCGACCGAUGUCUGGUUAUAUUGGGUAGAACGCAAUACCAUAUAGCCACCACCGAUCGGCCAGGAGAGCGAGAGCGGCAUCGGCAUCCCGCAGAGAGAACGCUGGAGCGCUCCUCCACCAUUUUUCAUCAACAACAUUUAUAUUUUUUUUGCCACCGCAGUAGAUGGCAGUGCAGUAGUUGUGGCCGCUGCCACCAAAAGGGUCGCUCUCGCGUCUGAUUAGUCGCGUUUAAUCGUCGGGUUCGGUACGUUUCCGAGACCACUUCCGAUCACUUGCCCGCCGGCUGAUGCCGGAGCAUCACCACUGACUGACUAGUAGCACUAGCGCGCGGUCCAGCCAGUCCAGGUCCAGGGCGCAGCAUAAUCAUCAUCAUGUUGACGACCGUCCUGAACUUUGCCCAGCGCGUCGCCGAGAUUUCUUUGCUCGGCGGCAUCGAGAUUGCAUCAGUUGCCCUUAUUGUCUACUACAUAUUCGCCAAGACGAGGGCACCGGUAAUCAUCGCUGGCCUGUUUCCCAAUCUGAAUCUGAGCUACCGGACGAGCUACCUCAGCAAGAUCAACACCAUACGCAGCGAUCUCCUGGUCACUUUGCGAUCAUCCAAUGAGCCCAAGACGCAGAACUCGGUGGCUCAUGGCAUUGGGACGCAGAAUAUGUUAGAGCUGACCCCGCAUUCGGGUCAGAAGCCUUUUAAGAAGCUGUUCGACUGGGGCGUGCUCUUCCCAUAUGUUGCCCAGGUGGUGCGCAGCGAGAAGUUCGAGUACCGACAGGUCACCGAGAUCGUGCACAACGAUGCUGUACUGAAGCAUGCCAUUAAACAGGCCGCCGAGCAGACGCUACGGGAGCAGAGAUACGCUAAAAAUGGUCACCGUCUGCUCACGCGCAGUGCUAGUGGAGAUCAGGAGGCGCAGGAGGAGGAGGACGAGAAGAGGGGCAUAUCCUAUCAGGCCAUUCUGCGUAAGCAGGAGCAGCGCGCCAUUAGCAUACUGAAGGACAUGGGCUCCACUCUGAACAAUGGCCUGUUGGCCUUCACUUCCUGGAUCCUGUACAAGUUGCUGCCCUGCUUCCUCUCCGGCGUCGUUACGAACACGAAGCAGAUCGAGAUGCUCAAAACAGCCACAGAGCGUUCGCCGGGCACUCCGCUGAUCUUUGUGCCGCUGCAUCGCAGCCAUUUGGACUACAUCAUGGUCACAUGGAUACUCACGAACAACGAUAUACGCAGUCCGCUGGUAGCCGCUGGCAACAACCUGCAAAUUCCGGUCUUUGGUGGGCUCCUACGUGGUUUGGGUGCUUUCUUCAUCAAACGCAAGAUUGAUCCUGUGGAGGGGAAGAAGGACGUGCUCUAUCGCGCUGCUCUACACCUGUAUCUGACCCACGCCUUGAAGCAGGGCCACAACGUCGAGUUCUUCAUCGAGGGCGGACGAACGCGCACUGGCAAGCCGUGCAUGCCAAAGGGCGGCAUACUCUCUGUGAUUGUGAACGCCUUCAUGGACGGCAGCAUACCGGACGCACUGCUGGUACCAGUUUCCGUGAACUACGAGCGCCUCGUCGACGGGAACUUUGUGCGCGAACAGAAGGGCGAGAAGAAGAUACCCGAGUCAUUCGGCAAGGCCAUUUCGGGCAUUUGGAAGGCCCUGAAAUCGAACUACGGCCUCAUGCGCAUCGACUUUAACGAGCCCUACUCGAUACGUGAGCUGGUCAAUUCGUACAACAAGAUAGCCCGAGAGGAUGGAAACAUUGCCAAGGUCUACAAGCCAUCUGCCAGGGUACUACAGCACAAUCAGUCCACCUCCUCCUUGUACGGCACCGAUGUUGUGUGCGAGGAGCACCGCAAUCUCAUCGAAAGCAUCUCGCGCCAGGUGGUCUUUGACUGCGCCGCAGCCACCUCUGUGAUGUCCACCAAUGCGAUAGCCUUUUUGCUGCUCACCCGCUUUAGGAACGGUGCCGAGGAGCAGAUUCUGUCGGAGGCUCUGGACGACUUGCGAAACUCGUUGUCGGGCUGCAAGGACAUCGGUUUUUCCGGGGAAUCCUCGCAGAUUGUGGCAUAUGCCUGUGACCUACUCGGCUCAGGUCUUGUGACUCGCACUCGGGAUGAGAACGGGCGUUUGGUGAUUAAGCCUGUGAAUUCAGUGGAAAGCUUUAUUGAGCUGGCAUACUACUCAAACAUGCUGACACCGCACUUUGCCCUCAGCUCGAUACUGCUGACCACCUUCCACUCACUGCUUCCGGAAACGGAGAAUAAGAAAGACGCCGCCGUGUCGCGCAAAAAGCUGAUAGACACCGCGCUGGAAAACUGCCAGAUCUAUCGCUACGAAUUUAUUCUGAACAAACCGACGCAGGUGCUGGAGAAUUUGCUGUACCAGCAGUUGGACGACCUCUUAAUUAGUGGUUGCGUUUUGACCGAAGAGCUGCACGACGAUUUGCCGAAUGGCGUUGAGGGCAGGCGCUUGGCCAACGCCCUGGCCGACUGCCUGGACGAGGACGACUACGACGACGUGCGCGCUGGCGAGGCGGAUGAGCCCAAGCUGCUUUUCGCCAGCGAAACCCCGGCGCAGCAGCGCUACAUUUGCGAGGUGCUGGCGCCCUUCGCCUGGACGUAUGUGACGGUGGCGCAGUCCCUGCAAAUACUGCACAAGAACUCCAUGCUGGAGUCUGAAUUUAUUAGCUUUGUGAUCAACGAUCUGAGCAGCAAGGUCAAGCGCGGCAGCUGCAUCUAUGCCGAAAGCAUAUCAACCGACUCCGUGCGCAACUGCCUGAAGCUGUUGGAGAAAUGGUCUGUGAUCGAGGUGUGCAACCAGCAGGGCAUGCGCCUGAUCUCACUCAACACGCUCUACGAGAUGUCUCGUGAGUCGCUCAACUCGAUCGUGAAGAAGAUCGACGCAAUUGUACCAAAAUUCAACUCGGGCUACUUCAGUGUAACGCCUUAACAAUGGGCGCUCGCUUUAUUUUUGGCACUCAUGUUUUAUCCUUGUAUAGUGCAUAUCCACUUAAGUUUAAAGUGCGUACUCCUAGAUCUUAGACUUAGCUAUGUCUAGUUUUAUAGUCAUACGAGUUUAUAUAUGCCAAAGUGCUAGCUUUACUGUAACUAAGCGACAAACAGUGAAAUAUGAACAAAUUUCUAAUGUAUAAUUUAAAAACCUUUUCUAUAUGCGGCCUCUGUGCGGCAGGACAAACGAAAACAAUAUCAACUAUACUGAACUGAUUGAUUAAACUUCAUAACUUUAUAAUAGAACGUCUUACAAAAUAA